AUGGAUGCGACAAUCGGUGACAACAUCACGCUAGAAACGCCAGAGCCAAAGAAGAGGAGACAAAGCACACAGAGCGCACAACCGAGACGACGAAGCGAACCGAAAAUCACAUUGCCGGCGCUGAGUGAUUUCGCCAGGUCACAUGUCGCAAACUGGUCUCCGCCCGUACCUGUAACGCCCGAAUCGGAAGCAUUACGAAGCUUGAAGAGUGAAUGGAGAAAGCAAUCCCGCGAAGAGCCUGUGUACGAUGGGCCGAGGCCUGAGAAGCAACUUUUGAUUGUGGACCUGCAAGAUUACGAAAUUUAUCGGACACCAGAGAGCGAAUGCAGAGCGUAUGAGCUGACGAGCCUGCACUAUUUGGAGGUUUCGAUCGCGAAGAAGUUGUGCUUCGAUGGCUUCAUCUGCGUGGGAUCGACCAAACACUACGUACAUGCAGUACCAAUUCAGGAUAGCUCUGUCGAGGGCUACGGAGACGAUGAGAAUUCUGGUGUUACUACUUACAUACAGUCUACGUUUGCGAGUAAGGACAAACAUUACGACAUAUGGUACAGACUUGCCAAGCCGGCCCCAGGCUACAAAGAGUUUCAAAAAUCCUUCCUCUGGGUAGCGCAACUGGGAAAGCAUAUUAUCGACUAUGUGGACAGCCAACCCGUGGGAUCAGUCGGGCUCAACGACUUCCGCAAAGACUUCUAUGACUGGCUCUCGCCCCGUUUUGAUCAAUGCGCGGACUUCCAGCAAUGGCAUACUGCUUUCAGACACCAAACUGACUUUCGCGUCGCCGUGCAUGCCUACAUCGAAUACUUCUACAACCAAGCCUUCAAUCUCCCCAACUCGACACAACUGCUUGCUCAUCCUCUCUGGAGCGAGUGCAUGGCUAAAGGGUUAACGGCUGUCAAGGCGCAGAAGCAGAUCAUUGAGCACACCAUCGCCACACCAGAAGUUUACGAUUGCUUCAAGCACAUGUACUUUGGUGAGCAAAUUCAGGCAAAACGGCCUACCGACACGGUCAGGAUACAACAAGAGCGCAGGAAACGAAGGCUGGGGUUUGCGCAGAGUUUCUGGGCACGGAAACCGACUACUCCGCGACGAAAUGUAUGUCAACCGUACGGUGACUCACCAGUGAAGGUUAGCGAUGUCGUUGCCUUGAUCCCCGACGAGGCUGACGCAACCGUUUGGCGCAACACGACAUGGGAAUGGCUCGCAUACGUCCAGGGUACCGAGUCCUUGGAGGAUGGAACGCAGAGGUUGUUCGUGCUAUGGAUUUAUCGACACCACGAGACGAACAUUUUCAAGGCGGAAUAUCCCUACAAGAACGAGGUCUUCCUAUCGGAUAACUGCAAUUGCUCCGAAGGAGAGCUAUUGUCUACGGACAUCAAGGGGAGGUACGAUUUAGACUGGUCACCAUCUACUAUCGACGCUGAGCGCUUUUUCGUUCGGCAAACCUACGUCACACAAGACAGUGCAUUUGUCAGUCUUCGAUCUUCACACAAGACUUGCACGUGUCGGAAGGAAAAGCGCACAUUCGUCGUUGAUUACUGUCGAGGCGACACGGUAUAUCUAUCAAGGACCCGCAACAGAGACAAGUUCCUGGAUCCAGCCGUCUUUCAACACCUUGACCGCGCCAAGGGGAUUGUCAGAGUGCGAAGACUGUUACGACUGGAACGCGACUGCAGAGAACUAGCAGCCAAAGCUCGGCGCUUGAAUCUCUUGGCCAAUGAGCUUGUCCUCACGGACGAAUACGAAGACGUGUCCAUUUCCCGCAUCCAGAGGCGCUGCUAUGUCAAGUUCGUGAGUAAGUCUGACGUCCAGAACGGACAGAUACCUUUCACGUACAAUCGUGGCGGUGCUGGUGAUCUCUGGUUUUUGUCUAUGGGAUUGACUGGCGUGGAAGGCGAUCAGAAACUCAUCUUUCUGCGGAAUCUUCCGAAGACAUUCAACGAGGGCCCUGACAUGGCUUCUGCUAAUUCAUUGAGAGGAAUGAGUAUCUUCAGUGGCGGCGGCUCGCUUGAUCGAGGCCUUGAAGAAGGUGGAGCAGUUACCUUCCACUCCGCUGUCGACUUCAGUCCCCAUGCCAUCCACACUCAGCGAGCUAACUCGAAGAGCCCGAAGACGAUGCAUCUGUUCUGUGGCUCCGUCGAUGAUCACUUUGACGCAGCUCUCAAGGGUAAUAAACCUGACCUUGUCCCUCGGGUCGGAGAAGUCGACUUCCUUGCUGCUGGAUCGCCAUGUCCUGGGUUCUCAGCUCUUCAGCAUAAUAUUCUCAGUCCGCAGUCCCUGAAGAAUGCGUCACAUAUUAGCACCUUCUGCUCGUAUGUGGAUCUGUAUCGCCCUUUGUACGGUAUACUCGAAAACGUCGUCAACAUGGCUUCAACACGGACUGGAUUUGAAGACCAGAACGUGUUAUCUCAGGUUGUUGCUUCACUCGUAUCAAUGGGAUAUCAGUGUAAUCAGUACAUCAUGGACGCUUGGAGUUACGGCAGCGCGCAACAGCGUUCACGCCUGAUCCUCACCAUAGCUGCACCCGGACUUGAGCCAAUUGCCCAACCUUGGCACACCCACGCGCGGCCUUACGAGGAGACGGCGGGACGAAGCUUAGGUUAUCUACCCAACGGACAGAAAUUUGGUGAACGCGAGCACUACCCAACGCCUUUUCCGUAUGUACCAGCGGUUUCCGUCGAUGCGGAACUACCCGACAUUGGCAAUGGUAUCGUACAGACUUGUAUUCCGUUCCCAGACCACCGCUUACCGCAAGUACCAACGCGUAAGCAACGAGCAUUGGUCAGAUGCAUUCCACGACAGCCUCCGGGCUGUGACUACAAAGAAGCAGAUAGACGUGGUCUGAUUCCGACUUCGCUACGAGAUCCGAGAACCGACAUUGGAAAGGCGUACCGAAGGAUCAAAGCAGCUGGAUUGGUACCCACUAUCACAACGAAUAUAGUCAUUCGCGAUUCUCGGAAUGGCGCUACGUUGCAUUGGGAUCAACAUCGAUCUAUCAGUGUGUUGGAAGCUCGUCGGACGCAAGGAUACAUGGAUGAGGAGCCCAUCAUUGGUCCGCUUCCGGAGCAGUACAAAAUUGUUGGCAAUGGCGUGGAUCGUAAGGUCGCUUUCGCGAUGGGGCUAUCUCUGCUUCAGGCUGUUCAAAAGAAUGGUGAAGGCUUUACUGCGAACGGGACGACGCAGAACUCAUCUGAGAUGUUGGACGCCACUAGCGACACUGAAAUGUCACAGAUUGAGAAGAUUGUUAAGAAGCCCAAACCUCAGUCUAAAGCACAGGAUAUUUCGCCUUCUCAGAAGGAGCAUCACCGCAGGAGUUCCGGACCGGUGGUGGUGAUACCUGGACGACGGCAAACUGAUGGUACUACUUCGACUGUAAACAGUACCCCGGGGCCAUCUAGAAGGAAUGCGAGCAUGCCUAAUGGCGCAACUAGCGAAACCUCACAGACUCCACCUGUAUCACAGCCUAACGCCUCAGUUCCCCAGACCACCGGCUUCUUCUCUCGACUUUCCAAAUCUCUCGACGCUGGCGUCGGUCGACUAUCACUAUCGAGCAUGUCCAAUUCCUCCUCUACCCCGACUUCCGCACCAACGCCCGUGAAACGCAGUCGAGAAGAAGAUGAAGACCCUUUCGCCCCAGAAAGCCAGAGCCGCGCAUCAAGAGAGCGGCCCAGGAAACAGCCCCGAGUCAGCGCAACGCCAUCAGCACAAGACGGGAUCAAACUUGAAACAGAACCCCGUAGGAGGAAGUCUGUAUUCUCGCAUCGAAGCGGCAGUUCAGCAGAACCAAAGAUGAAGUUUACGGAGUUAACCGAGAUUGAGCUGCCAGCGGCAUAUGACGCUCAUGUCCAUCUUCGCGAUGGCGAGAUGUCGCAGCUUGUUACGCCUACGAUUCGUAAGGGUGGUGUGAAUCAGGUGUAUGUUAUGCCGAAUCUUGUCCCGCCCAUCACAUCCGUGAAGCAAUGUCUCGAAUACCGCGACAGACUCCGUGCUAUCGAGCCGAAUGUGGAUUACGUCAUGUCGUUGUAUCUUCACGAGGAUAUCACGCCGGAGGUUAUUCGUGAGGCGAAGAAAGCGGGAAUUACGGGUGUGAAGUCGUAUCCUGCUGGUGUUACUACGAACUCCUCCUCAGGCGUCCUCUCCUACGAACCCUUCUACCCCGUCUUCGCCGAAAUGGAGAAACAAAACAUGGUUCUCAAUCUCCACGGCGAAGUCCCGUCCACGCCCCCAAACACCCACGUAACGAAAACCAAAGACACAAAAACAGGCGCCAUAACCAUCCUCAACGCCGAACCCGCCUUCCUCCCCACCUUCCUGCUCCUCCACGCCAAGUUCCCCGCCCUCCGCAUAAUCCUCGAGCACUGCAGCACAUCCGCCGCCCUCUCCGCCGUCCGCUCCUGCGGCCCCUCCGUCAGCGGCACAAUCACCGCGCACCACCUCAGCCUCAUCAUCGAUGAUUGGGCCGGCGAUCCCUUUUGUUUCUGCAAGCCUGUUGCGAAGACGCCUGAAGAUAGGGAUGCGUUGCUGCGCGCGGUGGUGCAGGGGAAUGGGAAAUUUUUUCUGGGGACGGACUCGGCGCCGCAUCCGAGGGGGAAGAAGAGGGGGGAGGAUAAGGUUGCUGCGGGGGUUUUUACGCAGCCGUAUGCGGUGGGUUAUGUGCUUGAUGCGUUGGAGGUGGGGGUUAGGAGGGGGGUUGUCAAGGAGGAGGAGGUGACGAAGGAGGUGCUGGAGGGGUUCUUUGGGGGGUGGGGGAGGGGGUUUUAUCAGAUUGUGGAUGAGAAGAAGGAGAGGAUUGUGUUGAGGAAGGGGAAGGAGACGGUGGUGGAUGUGUUGAGGAAGGAGGGUGGGGGCGAGUGUGAGGUCGUGCCGUUUAGGAAGGGUGAGGUUACUUGGGGGGUGGAGUGGAAGUGA